AUGUAUCCGAUGUCCCUGGUACACUUGUUCUUGUUGUGGACGGGGCUCCUGUCUUCAAGUUUCCUUCAAGUCGGUGUUGUAGCAAUUCCGAUGCCUAAUACCUCAGUAUCGCUCGAACCACGAGUAUCACGCGAUCUGAGCGCAGUCGAGGCGGUCUUGUUCCCGAACGGUCGACGUAAAAGGCUGACUAGAGCUAAAGAUAAGAAUAAGAUAGCAACCAUUUCAUUCGAGACAGAACUCAGCAAGGAGAUCGUUUGGGAUUCACUUCUUAAAGUUCAAUGCGGAGGAAAAUGUUCCACGAGAUUGUUUUGGAUCAUUCAUGCAUUGGAGGAGCUGCGUCAGUCGGCACACAUAACUUCUUUUCAAUUUUCGGAAACUAGGUGGCUGGUUGUGGCCAAGGAAAUGAUUGAGUCCAGAGGCACUGCAGAUGGUCGCUCAGUAGUAGGAACACCAGCGGAAGAGGAAUACAAGAAGUUGGAAAUGGCUCUGAACGCUGGACAUGACAUUACUGUAGAGCAGUUCCAAGAUAUCGCGCUCGGGAAUGGUGUCGUGUAG